UCCAUCGUCCUCUAUAUUCGACGAUUGAAUCUGCAUCUUCGCCUUUGCUACGGAGAUUGGACUUCGGCAAUACUGCUCCUGUUUCGACAAACGAGCGUCUGUUCUGUUUCUACUCUCAGCAGCUAGUGUUUCCGUUUUGAUAUUCCCCCCUCCCUCAAGAUGCCUUCUGCCACAACCAACGGGUCUGCCAAUGGCAGCUUAACCCCAGCUCCAAGCUCCGCAAACGACAAUAUCAGACGAUUCGCAGCUCCCAGCCGUCCUCUGAGCCCCCGUGCCGAACAUACCCUUUUCCACGACAAGACAAGAUGCUUUGUGUACGGUCUCCAGCCAAGAGCCGUCCAGGGCAUGCUGGAUUUCGACUUCAUCUGCAAGCGCAAGACUCCCUCCGUUGCUGGUAUUAUCUACCCAUUCGGUGGUCAAUUCGUGAGUAAGAUGUACUGGGGAACCAGCGAGACUCUGCUGCCCGUCUACCAAGACGUCAGCAAGGCCAUGGCUAAGCACAGCGACGUGGAUACCGUCGUCAACUUUGCCUCGUCUCGUAGUGUUUACACCUCCACCUUGGAGCUUAUGGAAUUCGAGCAAAUUAAGUCAAUUGCUAUUAUUGCCGAGGGUGUCCCUGAGAGACGUGCCCGUGAAAUUCUUCACGUAGCAAAGCGUAAGGGCAUUACAAUCAUCGGCCCUGCAACUGUCGGUGGAAUCAAGCCCGGAUCCUUCAAGAUUGGUAACACUGGUGGUAUGAUGGAUAACAUUGUGGCCUCCAAGCUUUACCGCAAGGGAUCCGUCGGAUAUGUCUCCAAGUCUGGAGGUAUGUCCAACGAGCUUAAUAACAUCAUUGCCAACACAACCGAUGGUGUCUACGAGGGUGUUGCUAUUGGUGGUGACAGAUACCCCAGCACAACCUUUAUCGACCAUCUCCUCAGAUACGAAGCCGACCCAGAGUGCAAGAUCCUUCUGCUUUUGGGAGAAGUUGGAGGUGUGGAGGAAUACCGAGUUAUCAAGGCCGUCAAGCACGGAUUGAUCACAAAGCCAAUUGUUGCCUGGGCCAUUGGUACUUGUGCAAGCAUGUUCAAGACCGAGGUUCAAUUUGGACACGCUGGUUCUUUCGCCAACUCUCAACUCGAGACUGCUGCGGUUAAGAACAAGUCCAUGAAGGAGGCAGGAUUCUUCGUCCCAGACACUUUUGAGGACAUGCCAGCUGUCCUUGCACAGGUGUACCAGAAGCUUGUUAAGGCUGGAACUAUUGUCCCACAACCUGAGCCAAUCGUACCAAAGAUUCCAAUUGAUUACUCUUGGGCUCAAGAACUUGGCCUCAUCCGAAAGCCUGCCGCAUUUAUCUCUACCAUUUCCGAUGAUCGUGGACAGGAGCUUCUCUACGCUGGAAUGCCCAUCUCGGAUGUCUUCAAGGAGGAUAUUGGAAUUGGUGGUGUCAUGUCACUCUUGUGGUUCCGCCGUCGUCUACCAGAUUACGCCAGCAAGUUCCUCGAGAUGGUUCUCAUGUUGACUGCCGAUCACGGUCCAGCUGUAUCUGGUGCUAUGAACACGAUUAUCACCACCAGAGCCGGAAAGGACCUUAUCAGUGCUCUUGUCAGUGGUCUCUUGACCAUUGGUUCCAGAUUUGGUGGUGCACUUGAUGGUGCCGCCGAGGAGUUCACCAAGGCUUUCGACAAGGGUCUCAGCCCACGUGAGUUUGUGGACACCAUGCGCAAGCAAAACAAACUCAUUCCCGGUAUCGGCCACAAAGUCAAGUCCAGGAACAACCCAGAUCUCCGUGUCGAGCUCGUUAAGGAGUUCGUCAAGAAGCGUUUCCCCAGCUGCAAGAUGCUCGAUUAUGCUCUUGCUGUUGAGUCGGUUACUACAUCCAAGAAGGACAACUUGAUCCUGAACGUUGAUGGUGCCGUCGCUGUCUGCUUCGUUGAUUUGAUGCGCAACUGCGGUGCAUUCAGUGCUGAGGAGGCAGAGGAUUACAUGAAGAUGGGUGUAUUGAACGGUCUCUUCGUUUUGGGACGUUCUAUUGGUUUGAUUGCUCAUUACCUCGAUCAAAAGAGACUCCGCACUGGUCUUUACAGACAUCCUUGGGAUGAUAUUACCUAUCUCCUGCCAAGCCUUUCGUCUGGCGCACCGGGUGCUGAAGGACGUGUGGAGGUUCAGUUGUAGAUUUUGCCGGUCUGGUCUGAUGGAUGAGCUUUUUCGGUUCCGGAGUUACUCCUUUUAACGCAAUGUAGCAUGUAGACAAACAAAGUGCUAAUGGCAUACCCCUAAUUCAAAACAUAUGAAAUACAUGACUAUGUGCAAAAUAUGUUGUGACCAUUAUUGUCCUAUGAAAAUUGAGAGCAGUGGGAUAGCAUGGGGAGGGAUAUUGGCGACCAGUGCAGCAAAAUAAAAGUCGACAAGGAUAUGGUCAGGUCUCGUCACUGCAAUGGUUAGAAGGUAUCAUUUUUUCCUCCGUACCGAUCCAUCUUAUGGCAGGUUGGUGCAAGUGCCAGUGCCAUCUGUGUAUUGUACA